AGCAUAUAGAUACUGAUACACCAGUGCAAACUAUGCGUCGCAGCUUGAUUUUUAGGAUGACCAAACGCAAAAAUUGAGAUUCUGAAACUGCUUUUAUGCACACAACUACAGCGAAAAAAAUAAUCUAGGCCUAGUUUUUAGCGUGCGGGCUUUUUAGCAGUAAACCCUGGUGCGGGCUAAGAAACCUUUUUCUGUACCACGAAAGCUUUACCAGCAGACACUAUUCAAAUUUCUCCGUACAACGUCACCUGAAGUUUAUCAUGUCUAGCUACGAAGCGAAAAAGGUAGUGGAACUGAAAGCGCUCGCCAAAGAACGUGGGCUGGCAGAAACCGGGAAGAAAGCCGACCUGAUCGCCCGACUAUCAAAUGCAAACAUGUCAUCUGGGUCUGGAAAGGUGGAACUUGUAAUGCGUGUCUUGCUUACCUGAAAAUAAAAUCUGUGUUGCAUGAGCAGCAAAUGUUGGGCUGCUUCCCUUGUCAUGCAAAAACGCAGCUUGUAAUGCGUGUCACGCAUCAGAAGGCGCUUCGGAAGCUUGUCAUGCUUCGCUGCCAUUGCGAGCGUUGCAAAAAUCAUGCGCAAUUCAGCAUCACAGGUUUAUUCCAGACCCAGACAUGUUUGCAUUUGAUACCGACUGCAGGAGUACGACAAAAAGAAGGCCGUGGAACAGAAAAAGAAGUCUCUCUCUCCCAACGUUUCCCCGAAAAUGUCACCCGCGUAUCAUUUGUAAAAACGUCCCCACCUUCCCAGAGUGGUCAUGCAAAUCCGCAUGCUGAAAAUAUUUCUCAUGCGGAGCCCCACGAGAGGCAUUUUGAUUUUCUAAGUAGUCGUGUUUCGGAAUUUGUCAUGCUCCAAUCAGCAUGAUGUGCUAGAUCUGCUUCACUAGCUAAACAGCAUUACAAUACGAGGCCAAAGAACUUGUCAUGCAUAACUCCCAAAACUUGGAGAUUUGUGUUGCAACUUUACCAACUUGACUGUGGGGUGGGGACGUUUUUGCUGAGGAUACCGCGCUGGGAAAGGUUAAUGACCCCACCAUCACCACAAAAGCGGUCAUGGAAGCGCACCACGAAAAGCCGGCCGCGGGGUAAAAGAUUAUUAUACUGCAUUCAAUACUUCUUUAACUUACUAUCACGGCAGUGAUGGUGUAAGCCUAAGCCUAUCAUGCAUGAGAAGUUUAUUGUUUACGAGUUCUAGAUCUAGUGCGCGCUGCUCUUCACCGUCCUCCUGCUCGUGCUCCUACAAAUACAAUUAUUGCGCAUGAGAAAGGAGAUCAUAGCCUGCCUUUUGCAAGAGAGACAAACCGAUACAGAUCCGAUCCCACGGCCAUGACGGACGCGGAGCGGGCAAAGCUUAUCAAGUGCAAAUAUGUCUGGGUCUGGAGAGUUGUGAUGCUGAUACACUAAUCAGAAAACUGAAUCCACUAGGGAGCCACGCAUGACAAGUUCCUGACAGGUUCAGCAGUGCGCAAACCGCAUGACAUACAGCCUUUUUGCAUGACAAAGAGGAAGUGCAAUUCCAAUUCCAUCACGUGCAUCACAAAGUUCAGAGGUGUAUGCGGAUUUAGCAUUACAAGCUUCCAGACCGAGACAUAUUUGCAAGGCAUGAAGCUGCGGGCGCAGCGGUUCGGCCUUCCGAACGAGGACGCCGAAAAGGAGAAACUGAAGGCCCGGGCAGAACGAUUUGGGCUGCCGAAUGAAGAUAUCCCGAGCAAAAACAUCUACUUACAUCUCUCGAUAGAACAUCAAUAGUACGCAUAUAAUCUGUGUUGUUGUGUCGUUGCAUGGUACUCAGCACAUCAGUUGUGAGACCCCCCGCAAGUGGUACGUAGUGUGCCCGAUUUGAUAGAAGUCGUGUGGCUGUGAACAAAGCUUAGUACAUGAAAAUUCUUCGCCAUGAUGCGGAAACCAGGACGAAUGAUAAGUAUUUAUUCCGCAUAAUGGAUACUUGUUGAAGUAGUUUGUUGUAGUGUUAUUUGCCUUUUGCAUACACGAGAUUGAAAAAGAAAAGCUGAAGGUAUAACCCGCUCAGGUGUUAUAAUCUCAAACGUUGCAAUAGAAUAUGGAAAUCUGUGAUGCGAGAGUGCAUGAUCUAGCCAACUCUCAUAGGAUCGCGCAUGACAAGAAGUUCCGGAGCCCCAAACACCACUACAAUCUGGCGAAAUUUGUAUUGCAAAAGGUGGAACGCUGCGCGAGUCUGUUAUGCUCAUCAUGCAACACAAAUUCUAGAUUCUGUUGUAACGUUUGAGAUUGUAACGCUUGAGCAAGUCAUAGAAGGCGCGGGCGGAGCGGUUCGGGCUGAAUAACCCAGAUCUAGAAGAGGAAAAGAAGAAAGCUAUGCGUUGCAAAUAUGUCUGGGUCUGGAAAAUAGCAACUUGUCAUGCUAAAUCCGAAUUAUGCAAAAAUCUGUGUUGCAUGAGUGCCAAAAGCUGUCUACUUUCGACCAAGUUGCGAGGGAGUUUCUCAUGCAGGAGGGGCAUGGCAGAGACCUCACAGAGUCUGUCGUGCUAGGUCUCGCAUUCCGGACCUCAUGGGUCAUGGAAAACCUGCAUGACAAGUGUACCUGCUUCCAGAUCCAGACCCAGACACUUUUGCAUUUGAUAAAAGCCCGCGCGGAGCGAUUUGGUGAGAUGAAUAAACCAAUAUAAUUUUGGACUUCAAUUAUAUAGCUGCUACGAAAAUGGUAUUAAAAAUGCUUGUUGCCGAUAGAAAUGAGAUGAAUCAAGCCAAUUCUUGCACGACUAUUUUCAUCUUUGGAGAAAAAAAAUGACAACAGGCAUCGUCGCGGAAGCAGACAAAAAGGCGGCACGCGAGGCGCGGUUCGGUCCGGUUUCUAAUGGCACAACGACAAAUAUGGGAGUGUCAGGAUUGAAGUCGUCAAAUUUGAAAUAGUUAGUGAUGCAUAAACUGCAGCCCACAAAGUGCCUGUCUUGCAGAGUAGGCAAGUGAGGCAGAUUGUAAGCCUGUUGAGGGGUAGACACUGAGCUGCUAAAGUAGCAUGACAAAAGGCGUCUUCCUUACCCAAACAGCAUGACAAACUGGAUUUCAGCUUUACCCAAAUUUGUCAUGCGCCACUAGGAUGAAACUGGGUUGCAACUUUCAUCCAUUUUAUGCAUUACAAGUUAUUGUAACUUUGUCGAUUUCAGUCCUGUCACAUCCAUAAUGAAUAAGCGCACUUCUGGCGGCGGGGCAGUGGACUCCGAGGAGGCAGCGAAGCGACAGGCCCGGCUGGAAAGGUACUGCCUACUUUAAGUAGCGCCAAUAGCAUGACAGAUUUAUUUCCAAACAGGAGCUGCGUAGUACUGCACUCUGCAACUACACAGCUUGGGUAGUAGUAUCUAGCGCGGGCGGUCGCCGUUUUCAGGAUGAGAAGCGAGGUUUUACACUGUGGUUUUGUUCCUUAUAUGUCGUUCCAAGUAGAACACCGAAAUAUUUCUAUUUGUUCCACGACUUUAUGAACGCAGAUUCGGGUCCAGCGCCAUGACGGACGCACAAAAGGCGGAGGCUCGCAUAUUACAAUGAAAAAUGCCCCCACCCCCGAACUUGGGAGCAUUUAUUGUAUUGCAAACCUUUCCAAAUGAAAUAUUCGCCCUCUUGCAUCUAUCAGCAUCACAGGUUUUCAGUCGUGAAUAGCAAAAAUUUGUAUUGCAAAAGACCCCAGCAAGAGCGGCACUUGUCAUGCAAGCGAUGCGAUACACGCCUACACUCUGCAUCAGAAAUAUUCAUACUCCUUUCAUGCAUGGCAAAAAGUUUUCAUUUGGAAACUUCGCAUCACAAAUUUUUGCAAUUUAGGGGUGGGGGGCACUUUUCACUGUAAUAUCGCAAAGCCCGGUUUGGCACCUAAAAAACGCACCCCCGUGGCAGCAUCAAGAACAGGCGACUCUCGGAUUCGACUUUUAGAGUUUAUCAGGCGAACUACAUGUUGAAACCGACUUCAAAUUUGACAACAUCGACAGUAUUUACAAAGUUGUUUCACCUGAGUGACGUAGAGAUCUAAGUAAACUUUUAAUCCACGACCAUCCAUAUACUUACAAGAUGACACUUCUAUACGGAAGAGAAAAUGUUGACGCGACAACAAAAUAACUGUAUGGAAUUUUCUCCUAUCACAUCGAAGAUGCUCCUGGACUACUGCGCAAGAAUGGUUCCUACAAGUGAAGAAACAGGACGAGGCAUUUGGGGGGUUGCUGCAGCUGUUCGUUUGUAGGACAGACAGCACGGAAACAGUGACAGAGGGGGUGGAAGAUGAACUUCGACUUUUGUUGUACAACGGAGGCCACACUUAUUUUCCUCGUUCUUCCAGCUCUAGAGUAGGUUUUACGCAAUCUUUCGACUUGAAGAAGCGCAGCCGCUGAUAAAUCCUGGCCUUUGUUGUAGUUCAUCGUGGGCACACCAGAGGACUAUAAUGACGAAAUGCAAAAUAGUAAACGUGUUCGACGUCGUUUGUCAUCUAUGGAACAAACCCGCCGAUCUUUAUGAUUUUUAUCCACCUCCCAGGAUCGACCACCUCACAAAAGAUAAAGAACGCAGCAAAUCAAUGUAUUGCGCCAUCUGAUGUCAUCUGUUCUGCUUCUGCUAUCUCCUGUGCUUUCGCGUAAGUAGUGCGUAUUUUGUCACACUACUCUGGUUCAUUGCAAGAACGCAUCAUGUGCUGGUCAGUGUACGAUCUGUUGAUUGCCUGCUCUCUACGGGGAUGAAGAUCACAGAAGUCCGCGACAAGUUACUUUUACUUUUUACUUUAUGCGCAUUCACUAUUUCGGAUGAAUCUUUUUCACUUGUAAAAA